CAAGGACCCCCCCUCCGGGCACUAUGGUCUGGGGGCUGGCCUAUGCCCUCCUCUUCACUUGGCACGGCACCCACCCCGCCCCACUGGCGUGAGGAUGCCCUGAGCUGAGCGCAGGGCCAGACAUGCCCCGGCGUCCCCCCAACCCCGGGACCCAGCAGGUGGCGCCCGAGGGGCUCCCCGGCGACGGCGCUCGCCGAAGGAGAGACGCGCGACUGCCCAGGCUGCCCCUGCCCCAGCUCCGCGGGUCCCCCGGCGGCUUGAGGGCCUCGGAGGGCGGCGGCGCGUGGUGGCCGGGCGGCUCCUCGCACCCAGAGCAGGGGCUGGGCGUCAGGAGCCCCUCGCCGCGCCUGCCCGCCCUGCCCGCCCUGGCCCCGCGGGCGGCGCAGAACCGGACAAGGCGGAGGUCGCUCCUGCUCCUGGCCGGGCGCCCGGGGCCUGGAGAGCGCGAGGAUCCCUGCCGGGGUGCGGCCACCCUGCCCGCCCUCCUAGGAGAGUUCCUCCCCAGCGGGUUCCGGGAGCUCCUGCAUCAGCUGGGCGCGGAGCGCGCGGAACGCCCGCCGCCGACACCCUCGGCAUCACAACCAAAAAGGAGUGUGUCAGAGCACUGCCACCAAUCGCCCCGGUGUCCCCAACUUCCAGACCUGCGGGGCCAGUCAUCGUACUUCCAGAAUAGUCUUAAGAAGAUUUUGCUCCAUCAGAUACCUGCCCUGGGGACCCUGAGGAGAGAUCACUCACAGUUCACCCUCAAGAAGGCCAACCACAGGCCCCACGGUGCACAGGCCCCCAAGCUCAAGGCUGUGCUCACCCACAGCUCCUUGGGGGAAAGCUCGGGACAGCGCAGACGGUUUUGCCCCUUCCGAGUGCGAUUCGCCGAUGAGACCCUGCGGGACACAGCGCUCCGUUACUGGGAGCGCAGCUGUGCAGGCCCAUCCAGGAGCCACCGGGUCACCUCUCUGAGGAUGCCUCCGUGAAGAGCAGCCUGCCCUGCAUCCCCAGGACCACCACACAGAGGCCACGAGGUGACCUCCAAACCUUGCUGGACACUGACAACAUCCUGGGGCAGGUGGGCAAAUCGCCCUGCUCCUGGAGCCGGAAGCUGGAAUCCUUCCUGCCCAGCUUGGUGCUGCACACAGUCCUGAAGCGAGGAUGCCCUAAAGGCUACCAGCCCCUCCUGCCUUCCAUGACACCACAGGAGGCUCCCAAGUGAAUGGCUACUGGAGCCCAAGCCCGCGCAUGGUCGCGGGCAGGGGGUGAGGAGAGGCCUUUCUCACCCCACAAAUAAACAUGCAUUCCAGAUGGCUGGGACCUGCUACCAUGUCUCACCCCACAAGCCUCUCUAGGUGCCAGGGCUCCUGGACCAAGGAGAGGGAGAGGACAAAGUCAUGGCUGGGAUGAGGCUGAGGGGUGGGGGCAAGCCAUUGUCAGGUGCCAGGACUUGUUCCAGGUGAUCCCCUCUUCUGGAAGGGGGGAGGCCCUGCCACACACUUCAAACCUGGGACCAAGCUUCUGUCAACCUAGAUCAACCCACACCUGAAACAGGCCCGUGCCCUGAGCCCCGGCCCCAGCUUCCAUCUUUGACUGGAACCAAAGGCUACUUGCUGACCUCCACUGGGCAAUGAGGGUGUCCAGACUCCAGCGGGGUGGACAAACGUUUGUCUUCUGCAUUCCCCAGGUCCCUGGAGGGCAAGCAUCCAGAGUGGGUGGGGACCAGCUGUUUCUCUCCUAGUGGUGGAGGGAGGAAGAGUGGGCAGUGUUUAAAAUCACAUCAGGGGGUGGCAAAAGACCAGGUGGCGUUGGUCUGACCGCUGCACUGACUCAGCAUCGCCAGCCCCAUACUCCCGGCGGCCAGGUUUGGCCCUGCCACACCUGGGUGUCAAUCUCCUCGGCAAAGUUUAAAGCCCCCUCCCCUCUGUCCAGGCAGCGCUUUGGCCCCAACCCCUCGCCAAGCCGAGGAUCCAGGUCUUUAUCGCCACCUCCUGGCCAGUGAGGAAACAGCCACGGAAUCCGCACUCAGGCACCCUGCAGAAUAGGAAAGGAUGGGAUGGGGGGUGCUGGGCGGGGACAGGCGGUGGGGAUCUUAGGGCCAGGAGGGUCGUGGAUGAGGAGGAUUUGCUUUGCAGGGGUGCUCUGCCUCCAGAAGAAAGGCCACAGAUGAAGGCAGUUUGGAGAAACCCUGUGGGGGAUGGGAUGGGCGCAACGCUACAAACUCCCCUUCCCUGGGGACUGAAUGGGGUUUCGAUCCCAGGGAUGACUCCCCUUCAUCCCCUUUCCUGCGCUUUCACGACACCCCCACCCCGCCCUAGUAUUUCCAUUUCCUGGGGAGCCUGAUUCUACCGCGCCCCCAGCCCCGUGACCUUGCGCCGCCCGCCUCGCCCUCUCUGAGCCUCAGUUUCUCCCCAAGGGCCGCGGCGGGCCCUCGCCCCGCCGCCCGCUGCAGCGCCGCGCCGCGCCCACGCGGGGGCAGUGUUGGCCUGGCUUUGGCGCCGCCCGGUGCCGCCGAAACUUCUCAGCCUCCAGCUCCGGGGUCGCAAACUUUUCCCUCGCGCUGCGCUCGCGGCUCCCGCCCGCGCCCUCCUCCCGCCGCGGGCCCGCGCCGCCGCCCCCCACCUGCCCCGGGGUCGCGGCGGGGCCUGGGGGGGACGCCCCGCUCCCCACCCCACCCCCCUACUUCUCCUUGCUGCCUUCGGUUGCCAUUAAGCCAGAAACUGCUAAGCUGGCCACGCGCGGCCAACUACGAGCCUGGAAAUCGAGGCCCGCGUGGAGCGCACGGGGGAUGGGGGCGGCCGGGACCAGGCCCCCCGCGGCGUCUGGGGCGGGGCGAGGGGCGCCCCGUUGCGAGCUGCUUACACCCCCCCCACCCCACCCCACCCCGGUCCCGCCCCUCCCCGCGCGGGGCUCCGCUCUUGCUCUCGGGCGGGCCUGCUCUCCUGCCCUCUCUCCGCCCUCCCUCUCCUCCCCGACAGCGUGGAUUCUGUGUCCAGAGGACCUUGAGCGUGGGCCCUGAGCCUCGCACCUGCCACUCAGCACAGACACGCACACAGGGACACCCGCCCACAGGCCCACUGGACGCAGGGCGCACGGGCCAACACACACACACACACCGCAGAGAAACACCGGAGACACCCAAACAUCAGACACACGAUAGAGACACCAGAGAAACGCGGCACAGAGACGCCGGGCACACGAAGACCCAGAGCACACACAGCUAGAAGCGCACUCACUCACGCAUAGCCUCCCAGUGACCCCCGGCCCCCAAAUUCCCGGUUGUCUUCCCCACUGCUUGGGUCAGCCAUGCCCCUGAGUGUACUUGAACCCGGGGUGAGCAGCCAGGAGGGCGGGGAGGAGGGAGGGAGUGCUGGGUGGGGCUGGACCCCUUUCCAGCGGCCCCCAGGUUCUCAGUCUCUCACUCCUCCCUGACAGCACCCAGGGUCCUCUCCACAGGGGUCCCAAUAAGGCCCUUUUUACUGGGACAUUUCCACUCAGGGCUGGCAGAUGGCCAGCCCCUCCUGGGCUCCAGGCAGCAGCAUGUCGGGAAGGCCAGGAAAGUGGCCCUGGUGGCUUCUGCUUCCCCAUAACCCUGCCCCCCCCAACGCCCUCCCCAUGGGGGGGCAGGGCAGGUGUACUCCCCCCACCACCACCACCACUCAUCCCAGCUCUUCCCGUUCCUGUCUGCCAUCUCACCCUGAGCAAUCAUAUCCCCCGGAUCCCACUCCCUCCCCGCACCGCUGACCCUGCCCUGGGCCCUGUGCAGACCUGUGCCGGCUGGGUCUAGCUGGUGGGUGGCAGAGAGGAAGGAAUGAUUCCCUAUCCAAGGCAAAAGGAAGUGAUGGAGAGGCAGGAAAAUCACUGCUCCUUUCCCCUGAGUGCUCCCUCCCUCCCUCCUUGGACCUCUCCACCCAGAGGGAGCAUCUCCUGAGCCCCGCGUGCUGAUAAGGACUCCAAGGCCCAGAGAGGUUAGCGGGAUUUGCUGAGGCUCCACAGCUGUGGGAGAUGGGAUUAGGGCUGCACGUGUCCUGCCCCAGAGCCCAGCCUCCAGCUCUUCUCUCAUAAGCUACUCUUCUUUUUUUUUUUUUAAAGAUUUUAUUUAUUUCUUUAUUUCACAGAGAGACACAGCUAGAGAGGGAACACAAGCAGGGGGAGUGGGAGAGGGAGAAGCAGGCCCUCUGCCGAGCAGGGAGCCUGAUGUGGGGCUCGAUCCCAGGACUCUGGGAUCGUGACCUGAGCCGAAGGCAGACAUUUAACGACUGAGCCACGCAGGCGCCCCAUAAGCUACUCUUAGUAUAAGUAUUCGUUGUUGGGGGAAACCAAAGCCCAGAGAGGUUAAGCUCUUUCUCAAGGUCACACAGAUUAAGUGUUGAAGUCAAGAGACUGACCCCAACAUACAACUGUGCCUCUUAGCAGGAGCCCAUGUCUCCUGCCGAAAGCCCCACAGUGUGGGCUCCCUCUCCCCUGGGGCAAAAUGGGGUGAUCUGGAGGACCGUUCCUUCCUGGAUCCAUUCUCCAGCACAAGGGGCACUGGGGCCACCCAGGGCAAGGUCAGGGAGAGAGAGAUUUCUCUGGAGCGGGGUGGGGGUGGGCGGUGAAGCCAGCCCUCAGUGGAGCUCUGGGGACAGGAGCUUCCCCACGGACACAUCCACUGUCAUUGUGCAGACAGUUUGUUGAGCACCUACUGGGUGCCGUGCACAUGCUGGGCCCUGGGCACCCAGCAGGCACCAGAAUGACCAACUCCGCUCUCAGGAGGCCACAGUCUGGUGGGAGACGUGGACUCAACGGACAUUUCCAGGACAGAGUGUCAUGCUUUGGUAGGAGGCCCGGGGCUUUGGGAGCACAGAGCGGGGGACCCAAGGCACCGCCCAGGGCAUGGGGGGGGACACCUGGGCUCUCCAGGGCCCAGAGGUGGGGGCGCGUGGUGAGACCUGGACAGAGGAACAGGAAGCCGGGGGGGUGGUGACUGACAGUCUUUGCAGUCGGGCUGGUGCCACAAUUCUAAACCCCGGUUGGGGGAUUUGGGACAAGGGGCUCGGGAGGGCUGUUGACUAGAAAGAGGGAAAGGCUGGUAUCCCCCAGCCAAGAGGGGCUGCCCCCUGCUCCUCCCAGCCCCUCUGCCUUUGUCUGCCAUUAUCUAAAUCCCGCCGCCUGUGUCCUCCCCCUCCCCAACAUUUCUGCCUCUUUGGGUCCCUUUGUCAUUCUCUUCUAAAUAUGUCCUAAGUGACAGAUGGUCUACACCUUCCAGGGGCUCCUGUGGAAGGACAUCAGAGCCCUCCACGGAGAUAGUGCAUGCUGCCACCUCCAAGCAGCCCCGUGUAAGCCUCAACAUCCCCUAUAAACAGCCUCAGGAAGGGGGGGCGAUGCUGGUGGUGGUCAUUGUACUUCUGGGACCCACUGGAACCGGUGUUGGGUGCUGGGCAGAGGCCAACCCAGAAGCCGGGAUUGGACCCACCAGGUUGGACUCUGGAACCCUCCUGAAUGGUGGCACUGAGACCCCAAGAGCAGUAGCCAAGAGCAGCUUGCCUGCUAUCCCCCAUCAUGGGGCCUUGGGGACCACUAAUGACUCACCCACCAGGGUUUCCCUGGCUUAUUGUGUGUACCUGGCAGCUCUGGGGACCGCAGUGACACCCCCAAGCUCCCAGGGAGCCCCCCACUGGGCUCUGAGCAGACUUCCAGCUCUCCUGGCUGCAGAGCCCAGCAAAUCCCCGAAGAAUCUCCCUACGGGAACCUGUUGGCCCAGGCACUUUCCAGGCACCUUGAGGACCCAGACUGUGUUCUCCAGGGGAAGAUGCCUCCCCGGGUCAGCUCACGGGUGACUUCUAACAGCCACGGCCAUUCUGUGGGCGAGCAGGAAUCCACAAGAGCUGAGAGUGCAGCCAGGAAUCACAGAGGAAUAAUGACAGGCAUUACUGAGCUGGUACCACGUGCAGAUGGGGUCUAAAGUCUGCCACCUUUACAGCUUACUUAUCCAGGAAGGAGGGCAACACUCUGUGACGAAGGAGGCACUGCCCUAGCCCAAUAUUACAGAGAAAGAACCCAGGGCACAGAGAGGGUACGUCACUUUCCCGGGGUCACACAGCUACGCUCCAGAGAAGAAACCAGUGGUAAGUGCUGUGACCGGGGAAAGCACAGGCAGGUGUCCCAGGAGCACACAGGGCAGCUGCCUCCUCCAAGGCUGAGUCUUCCUCCUCCUGGAAGCUGGCUCAGAUUUCCUCCAGCCCAGAGGGCAGGGCUGUAACCCGCAUACACAGGUGGCUGUGGCUGACAAACUCUACCACUCCUCGGUUCCCCUGCUUCCCAUUCAUUCAUUCAUUCAUUCAUUCAUUCACAGAACACAGUAAUUGAGCAUCUACUGCAUACCAGGCUCUGUCCUGGGCUCUAUGAACAAGAGAGACGGUGUUUCUACUUCAGGGAGCCCCCAUCUUGGUGAGGGAGAUACGGAUGGAGCUGGCUUCCCAGAUGUGUGACCCCUGCAGGAGAAGCGUUCUGCACCCCGUUUAAUGGUCUUCUGGUGUCAUCUUGAAAUUGUCCAUUUUAAACAAGGGGCCUUGCGUUUUUAUUUUGCCCUGGGCCCUGGCAAGUUGUGUGGCUGGUCCUGGACACAGACAUUAAACUGUGCACGUGGUGCACGGGGGCCACCCAGACUGCCCAGCAAGAGGGGGUUAGAACCACCUGCAGGUGCACUGGCCUGAAGGCAGGGCACCCCCCUCCCCAAACACACACGGGUUAGACGGCUUGUGGGGAGUUCCAGCUGGCCGGGCAGAGAGACUAAGAGGCCAGAGUGAGGCUGGGGAGAGGAGCAGAUCCUGGGAGAUGACACCACGGAGUGGGCUUUGUCCUGACCCCAAAUCCCUGUCACGGGUCUCUGGAUCCCUCAGGGCAGCUCCCUGGGAGCUGGGUCAGCGUCAGGCAGGAGGUCUGGACCAGCAAACCUCCAAAAGGAGUUUAAAAAACAAAAACAAAAACCUAGGAGCACCUGGGUGGCUCAGUGGGUUAAGCGCCUGCCUUUGGCUCAGGUCAUGGUCCCGGGGUCCUGGGAUCCAGUCCCUCAUCCGGCUCCCUGCUCAGGGGAGAGCCUGCUUCUCCCUCUCCCUCUGUCCCUCCCCCCUGCUCAUGCUCUCUCUCUCUCUCUCUCUCAAAUAAAUAAAAUCUUAAAAAAAAACACACCCUUGUGUCUGUACUGACUAGAUAAUGCAGGCAUGGGGCACAGCAGGACAGGCAGAAGCCCCAAACUGCUCCCAGCCACCCCCACCCGGCCGUGGUCCUCCUACUCGGUAACCCCAUUUCCUGGGCACCUCCCAGAGAUAUUCUGUGCACAUACAAGGAAGUACAGACAUGCCUGUAUUUUUAAAGAUUUAUUUGAGAGAGAGAGAGAGCACAAGUGGGUGUAGGGAGGGGCAGAGGGAGAGAGAGUCCCAAGCCGACACCGCGUUGAGGACAGAGCCCCGACGCGGGGCUCAAUCUCACAACCCGGAGAUCACAACCUGAGCCGAAACCAAGAGUCAGACGCCCAACAGACUGCGCCACCCAGGCGCCCCAACAUGCCUCUAUUUUUAUUUUGUAAUGUCAAUUUUACCUACGUUCUGUAUUGUACACACUACUGUGCACUUAGGGUUCUCACUUCACAAUCUGAGAUGUCAUGGAAAGCUCUUUCAAGGUCAUUUAAUUUUGUAGAUGGAGAAGUGGGGACUGAGUGUCGCACAGGAAGUAUGGGUGUCCUGGUCACCCACGCACAGUGCCUGGCCUUGGCCAUACACCCAGGCCUCCCCCACGGCCCCUCUCUGGUUCUCAUUACAAGGAUUGCUGAGAAGGGGGUAUUGCGUGAUUCCCAUUUCUCCAAGGCUCAGAGAGGUGCUGCCAUCACCCUGGGGCCACAUAGCCCGACCCAGAUCGGAAGCCUCAAAGCCACGCUGCCUCCUAGGAGCAGGUUCACCCUCCCCGGGGUGGCACUGCCCCCUUCCCAGAUACUCACAACUUCCCCGAUGCCAGACGGGGAAGCCCCUCACUUCAGCAGGUAAGAAUUGGGCAAAGGACCCUUCUUGCCUGACAGCCGCCGGAAUGGAGCCGGUGGGAGUCCCAGCAAGGCCAGUAGGGUCUCACAAGAGGAUGCCUGGCCCCGCAAGGCCCCAGCCUUAAGGCCUGAGUCUGUCAGGGAGGGUUGGCAUCAGCUGGCUUAAUGUGCCUGGGGCUGUGAUUCAGCAUUUGGGUUCCAAGAGUUAUUUUUAUUGUGUUUUGUUGAUUCAAAGCUUGCCUUUGAAGUCUGUUUUCAAGCCUCCCCAUCCUGGAGAAAGGAGCUGGUUUGGAUACAACUGUGCAGUGUUGUCUCAGCCUGAAAAAUAAUACCCCUUGAGUUAGGGGCUCACCGUCCCUGCGCACACAUGGCCCCCCAUGCGUGGGUGCCCGUGGGGGUCUGCAGGACAGCCUACCACCCACAUGCGGGCAGGUAACAGGCAGCCCUCAAAAGUUGUAUGAAGAGGGACCCUCCAGGCACAGGGGAGGCUGUCAGUGCUGGAUCAAGGGUGCUCAACUUUUGGGGGGUCAUGAGACUUUGUGAUGAAAGCUAAGGACCUUCUCAGUUCAGAAAAACAUACCUACACACAAAGCUUUGCAGUCAAUUCCAGGAGCUUCUUGGGCCUUCUGAGACCCCCCUCCCUUCAGUUUAGAGCCCCUUCCUAAAGGAAUCUUAUUGUCAGCCUUUUAGUAGCUAAAAUUGAGCACUUGCUCUGUUUCAGGGGCUCUGCUAUGGGGUUUCUCAGAUUAACUCAUGAAUUCCUCAUAAUUGAGGCACAGAGAGGUUGGGUCACUCACCCAAGGUCACACAGCUCACAAGUGUUUAAGCCAGGAUCUAGGCCCAGCCUGUCUGGCCCAGUCAGCACUCCUAACCUAACAUCUGCAGAUGCGUGCUCUCUCUCUCUCUCUCUCUCUCUCUCUCACACACACACACACACACACCUCUACACACAGAGUGCCAGGCAUCUGAGUAAACCUGUGGGUUAGGCCCAGAGAGAGAGAGGAGUACAGAGCCCCAGGUUAAGCGCCCAGGGUCUGGCUUGGGGUCUGGCUGAGCAGGGUGACUGGGGUCCAGAACUUUGUGAGGGUCAGCUGAGACCAACCUGGAGAUUCCCCUGGCCUGGGGCCAGCACAGGGACACCCCUGUCAGCAGACUUGAUGUUCCCAUCAGGGAAGGAACAGACAGUGGGGAUCACAUGGGCACACACCUCGUUGCAAUGAUUGCUACCCAGCAUGGACUUCUUCCCUUCCCUCUCUCCCUCCUCUCUGCCCCUCUUCCUCCCUCUCCCUUCUUCCUCCUCCCCCAUCCAUGGCCAAGGAUAAGACUUGCCCACCCCCAUAAGCGGUUGUGCAUCCUGUGGUCAAAAUAGCCCAACCCUCUAUACAGCACACUUCCGAGAAGCCCAAACCAAGUCUGGGGAGCCCCGUGUUCUCCUUGGGAGGCCUCCCCUUUGCCCACAUUAGCUGAGCCCACAGGCCAGGCCGGGUUGCCCAAUCUGGGGCCUCUUGCUGCCCCAUCCUCCUUCCCCGAUGUAGGGAGGACAGGGAAUGGCCUUCAUCGGCCUUCCAGGCUGGGAUUUCCAACAUUUGUGGAGUUAAGACCCUAAUACUAUUUUUCAACAGCUUUUGGUGCUUUAGUAGAAUUGAGGGUAAAUCUAACUUGCAAAUUUUCCCUUUUGAGCUCCCUUUUUCUUUCAGGAGCUCAACAGAGCAGGGUUUAAAACAGGACUGGAGACAGCUCCCUCCUCUCUCCUGCUCCCAGCCAGGGUUCUCCUGAGGUUGGAAGUCCUGGGGUGGUCACUGUGGGCUGGAUUCCUAGUCGCCAGCUUUGACUCCCACUGCUUGCCUCCUCUCCCCCCAUCCAACACUGACUUGGCCUAGGCAGGCUCCUCCAAGCCCCCAGGUCCUGCCCCCUCUGCCUCCCCCCUGGCUUCUCCCUCCAUGCGCCCCGCCUCCCCACUCCCCACUCUAGCAGCAGGCUUCUGGCUUCUUUACUCUCCUGAGCCAAACUCCUUCAUGCCCCAGGGCCUUUGCACAUGUUUCCCCCUCUGCCUGAAAUGUUCUUCUCACCAGCUUCACUGACUCCUACUUAAGAUCAGGUUUCCGCUUAGAUGUCUCCUCCUCAGGUGAGCCCCCCAGGAUCAGAAUUGAAUAAAGGUAACAUGAACAGCACCGACAAACCUUUCUCAGCAGACACUUGAGCUCGGGGAGCGUAGGCACUGAACAGGCCCCAACACACAGCCGGCCACACAGGAGGCCCUCAAGAGACGCCGGGGAAGGGGAGGGGAUCCUCUCUGUGGGACUCUUCCUGCUGGGAUCUGUGCCUCAGUUUCCCUGCCUAUAAAGCGAGGGGGUUGAGUCACAGGCCCACACUUGCCAUGUGAUGAUUUUCUGAUGCUCCCUCUGGGUUUCUGGCAAGGAUCACACUCAUUUCACGGUAUGUGACUUCCUUGAUUAUCUGAUUUUCCAGGGAGGAAUUUUAAAUCUCUGGGUUGGGGUGGCAUCUGCCUAAUACCCAGGCACCCGUCCCAUCCCACCAGCCUGAGUGCACCUGGCAUCCUGGGGAGGCCCAUUAAAAGUGCCCCCUCUUGGCAGAUAAGGGGGGCAGAGAAGCCCUUCAAGGGCUCUGUCUGCAUGGCUUGGCCCACGGGGGUGGGUGAAGGGUGGCGGUGGUAGUCCCCCUCUCUGCCACCACAGCUGUCGAGGCGGGCCAGACAGGCCAUGUGCAAGGUCUGACUCUGUCAUUUCCUGGCCACUGUGGCCCAUCCUUCACUUCUCUGUGCCUUGGUGCCUCUGCUGAAUAGCCCGCAUAGAAUAGCACCCCCCAGCUGAGGUUCAUGUGCUGACUCAGCAGGUUCCUGGCCUGGGGCAGACACACAGCAAGUGCUCUGGGGGUCAAGGGCUCUCUCUGACUUUCUCACCCACCCCCCUACCGCAGUGGCUAAGCCCCAAGUCCCUGGAGCUAAAAAACUAGGUCAGUACCCAGCCCUGCUACUUAGCCGGCUGUAUGACCUCCUGGUGUCUCAGUUUCCCCAUCUGUAAAAUGGGGGUGAUAGAUACACCUUCCUCUCAGGGUGCUGCCUGUUGCCAGUGCCAGAUCAGCGUCUGCUCUCAUUAUUCCCAGUCUGGCCUCCCCCUGCUCCGCUCCUGUGUGGUGAUCAAGGCAGGGGCAGCGGGCAUGAACAGCUGAGUGCAGACUCCACCAAGUGCAUCCUGUCCACGGAGCCUGCAUCUCGCUGGUUUCCUGGCUAUGUGAUCUGGGGCAAAACAAGUCCCCUCUCUUGAGCCUCAGGCUGUUCACCUGGGAAAGGAUGUCCUUAAUCAACCACACUGGGAGGCUUAUGUGGGAGAGUGUGUGGUCAUUGUCAUUCUUACUGUUGUGACAUCCGAAAGUAGAGCCAUGGGGCUCCUGGGUGUCUGCCUUCGGCUCAGGUCAUGAUCUCAGGUUCCUGGGAUCGAGCCCCCCCCAAAUCAGGUUCCCUGCUCAGUGGGGAGUCUGCUUCUCCCUCUCCCUCUGCCUCUCCUCCCUGCUCGUGUGCUUGCUCUCUCUCUCUCAAAUAAACAAAAUCUUUUUUUUUUUUUAAAGAUAUUGUUUAUUUGACAGAGACACAGCGAGAGAGGGAACACAAGCAGGGGGAGUGGGAGAGGAAGAAGCAGGCUUCCCGCCAAGCAGGGAGCCCGAUGCGGGGAUCGAUCCCAGGACCCUGGGAUCAUGACCUGAGCCGAAGGCAGCCGCUUAACGACUGAGCCACCCAGGCGCCCCUAAAUAAAUAAAAUCUUAAAAAUAAUAAUAAUAAAGUA